AUGUCUCAGCAAGAAGCCUUUUGGGUACAGACAGAAGAUUGGCACACGGCUGGUGAGCCCUUCCGUAUCGUCGCGGACCUGCCACCUCACUGCACCACUACCGGCAACACAGUAUGGGACCGACGCCUCAACAUUGUUGAUCAGCCAAAUCACCCUCUGGAUCUCCUGCGCCAAUCUCUUUGCCACGAACCAAGAGGCCAUGCCGACAUGUAUGGAGGCUUCAUCGUUCCACCAAACGAUUCUGGUGCCCAUUUUGGCGUCCUGUUCUGGCACAGAGAUGGAUUUUCCACGGCCUGUGGCCACGGCACAAUCGCACUGGGUCGAUAUGCCGUAGCCAAAGGGCUCGUAGAAUCUGUCCAAGAAGGCGCAGUCAAAGUCAUCAUCGACGUACCUUCCGGAAGAGUCACAGCAGAGGUCAACUUCAAAGACGGCAAAGUGGCAUAUGUGAACUUUGUCAACGUUCCCAGCUACCAAUACGCCAAGAGUCUACCUGUCAGCAUAUCAGUACCUGGCUCAAACACUUUGCAAUUCAAAGUCGAUCUCUCCUGGGGCGGAGCCAGCACUGCGUCUGUUGAUGUCCGUGAUGUUGGUAUAGAGAUCAAGCCAGCCAAUGCUCAACGCUUUAUCGAACUUGCCCGUCAGAUCAAGGCUCAAGUUGGAUCACAUGGAGAACACAAGGGCACGUCUCUGUAUACUGUUUCCUUCUUCGAGACAAUCAGCGACAGCGACCAAGCCAUUGAACAGAAGAAUGUCGUGGUCUAUGCAGAAGGUGCCAUUGACAGAUCUCCUUGUGGCAGCGGCACUGGCGCUCGAGUAGCCGUCUUGCUAGCACAGGGGAAGUUGCAUGGUAACAAANAGCUCAUCCAUCAUUCCAUUAUCAACACGACAUUUGAAGCCAGGAUUAUCUCUCAACAGCAGGAUGAGGGAUCAGAAUAUCCGAAUUGCAUACCAGAGGUCAGAGGAAACGCUUUCCUCACUGGCCGCCACAGCUUUNUCAUCGAUCCGAGCGAUCCUACCUACCCUGGUUUCUUUUUCGAGUAG